UUUUGUAAAUUUUACUUGUUUAAUAUUAAAAUGAAAUAUCAUCUUUAUAUUUUUAUUUUAAUUUCAGAAUUAGUGUAUGGAUUGAUCCACAGAUGUCCAUAUCCUGAGCUUAUACAUCCAUGCAUCUGCACACAAAAUCAAGAAAGGUAUGUUUCUAUGAAAUGUGACAAAAUGGACUUUAAGAAAUGGAUAGAACACGCAAAAAAUUUUCGGCCAACUCUCAUUGAUCUGUUUGAAGUUAGCGAUUUAAAGAUAGAUUUCGUCUCGAAAGGAACGUUUCAAAAACUAUGGAUUCACGACUUAAUUCUUAAAAACUGUGAGAUGAAUAAAUGUGAUUUGUUUCAUUCGCUACAAGGUCUUCAAGACAGUCUAAGAAUGUUAGUUUUAGAAAAUUGUACAAUCGGUGAAUGGAUAGAAUCAAAUGGAAAUUCUUUCAUACAUCUAGAAAUUUUAAAAAUUUCGAAUCUGAGAUCGGCAAUUGAUAUAAACGAAAUAAUACCUAAUUUCCCUCGUAAAAAUUUAAUUGAAAUCGAAUUGAGUAAAUGUGAAAUAUCUCAUUUGAAAGAUAAAUCAUUAAGUAAAUUCAAUCGUUUAGAAAAAUUUGAACUGAUGAAUAACAAAUUGAAAUUUGUUCGAAGAAAUGUUCUCCCCCGUCCAGCACUUCAUUUGAAGUAUUACGGAUUAUCCGACAAUCCAAUAACUACUCUAGCAGAUGACAUGUUUUUGGAUAUGCCAAGAAUAAAAUACAUUUCUUUAUCUGGAACCUUAAUUACAACAUUAUCAUUUCAAAUUUUUAUGUCUGUAUGGGAUCAGUUAGAAGAAAUAUAUCUUAAAAAUAUUCCAAUCGUGUGUGAUUGCAAGACUGUAUGGAUACUUAAAGAAGAGAAACCAACAAAAAUAGAAGCUCCCGAUUGCUAUCAACCAAAAAAUUUAAAAGGAAUCAACAUUUUAAACGUGACUGGUAAUCUAUUAUGUACGUUUAGAGGAGCUUAAAUGUAUUGAUAAUAAUACAAAAUAUCCAAUGAGUCACU